GGUAUGGUCAAUUGAGUGGAAUGGUGGAGCCAAUCUUCGGCGUUUUGGGCGCCGUCGCCGUGGGUCUUGCAACUCCCGCACUUCCAUACGCCCUUUCCUUCGCCGCAGGAGCGAUGAUCUACGUCGUCGUGGACGACAUCAUCCCGGAAGCGAACACCAACGGUAACGGAAAGUUGGCAACAUGGGGCGCGAUCCUAGGUUUCCUCGUCAUGAUGACGCUCGACGUGGGACUAGGAUAGUGACUUAAGCAGUUAAACAACAAAACUUAACAACAACAAUAAAAAAAAAACACUUAACUUUCCUUUCGCGAUUCCAAAAUCCUACUUAAUUUAGUGAUCCAAAUGGUACUUAGUUUAUACUUCACAUCGUUCCUUCCGAUUUUCAUAAUUUUUUUUUCUAGUUCGUUUAGUUUAAUUAAUUAGUUCAAUUGCGCAACAACACAGUGAUGACAGCAACAACAAAUUUGACGCAGCGAUGACAGCACAAACAUUAAAUAACACUUGUUUCCAUAGCUACCGUAAGUAUCGAAACUGUGAUAAUGUCACACGGGCUCAGUUUCUCUUGUUUUCGGUGCGUUUUCUUUUCAAUUGUUUAAAAAAAAACUUGAAACUGAAUGAACUGUGAUAGUGUUUUUUUUUUGUUCUGUUUUUUUUUAAAUAUAUUAUUGUUAGGAACAAAUGUAAUGACCGCAGCUUUUGUUUUGUAAAUAAUCAAGUGUAUAAGUAUACGUAGAUAGGUGAUUAUGUGAAUGAUUCGUGUGCGAGGAUGCAGACGAAUCGAACUGUAUAGUCAAUAAUAUCAGUUAGGGUCCCAAAGUGUUCUGAUAAUAUUUUUUAAUUGAAUUCUACAAAUGUGUAAGAGCGCUAAAGAAAAAGAUGUUUUCUCACUGAGUUUACAUUUAUAGUCAUAUAGUUCAAGUUCCGCCGUAAAGUACCAUUUGUAUAUAUUGUAAACGUAUUAUAGUAAUUGCAUUACUCAACAUCAUCAACAACAAACGACAAAAAAUACUUGAAAAUACAC